AUGAUCCCUAGAAUUCGUUGGAAUUCCCAUUUAAAUAAUUCUAAUUUCCAAAAUAAUAAUAGCAACAACAGAGGUUCUCAAAGAGUUUACCAGAGACAUAAUUUUCGUCAAAGACAGCGACAACAAAGCUGCGCAGAUUUAUUUAAUUUUGCGUUGAUGAACUCAACAAAUUCAAGGCAAAGUCCUGCAACAUUGCCGUUGAUGGACGCCGACAACUCAGAAGCACCCAGAACAACAACAAUGGAAUCAUGGCCUUCCAUCCCUCACAAAACAGCAUCAUCAAGUACAACACCAAAUGGAGAUUUAAAACAAGAACAAAAGGCUUCCUCAGCUUCAUUCCCUUCUGUAGCAUUACCUUUAAAUAAUAUUAAAAAGACGUCAAAAUGUGUUGCAAUUAAAGUGGAUGAUGAUGAAGAAAAUAGGAAGCAAAAUAGUGAAGAUGAUGAACAUGAUGAUGAUGUAGAGCCUCUCAAAAAAUGUGGAAGCGGACUACAGCUUAGGCUAAAUGUUGGUGGACGAAGUGCACAACUUAGCUUGACAAAGAUUCGUCAAUGUUCUGAUCGUUCUCGACUUGCUGUAUUUGCAGAAAAAGACCAUUCACAAAGACUACUAGAUUGUGACGCUUUCCUUUUUGAAACAAAUGAAUAUUAUUUUGAACGUUCUGCAGCUGUAUUUGAGCAUAUUUUGGAUUAUUAUAUUUGUGGAAGAAUGCACAGACCAGUUGACAUUUGCCCUAUGAGAUGGCGUGAUGAAAUUGAAUAUUGGCGUAUUCCAAUAACUGCAUUAGCUGAUUGUUGUCGUAUAGUUGAUGCACUAACUCCAAGUUGUAAAAGAAUAGGAGGAGGCGGAGGAUUUGCAUCUAGUCCAUCACCAUUAUCUUUGGAUAAUAUUUAUGUUGAGUCAAGCUGUCCACCUGUUGAAUUUGAGAAUGUCCGUUUUGGCCGUAUCCGCCUUAUUAUUUGGACAUUUUUGGAAAGUCCUCGUUCUUCAUUCGCUGCCAAAAUGUGGUCCUUUGCUUCAGCUUUAUUUGUACUUCUCUCAUUGGCUUGUUUAAUUCUUUCUUCAAUGUCAGAAUUUCAAUUAGAGGAUCAUAUAACGCCUGUUGCUGGAAUUCAAAUACUUGAACUUUGUUGUAUGUUCUUCUUUACAAUAGAAUAUUUGGCGCGCUUUGCUGUAAUCCCUCAUAAAUGGCAUUUUGUUAGGCAGCCACUUAAUAUAAUUGAUUUACUAACUGUGGUGCCUUUCCUGGCAGAAGCUUGUCUUCCUUUGCUAGGAAUUUAUGAUGUUGAAUUACGCAAUUUUAGAGGAGCUCUUAUCGUAAUUCGUGUUCUAAGGCUUGCACGUGUUGCUCGCAUUUUCAAACUCGCCCGUUACAGUAUUGGUCUUCGCGCAUUUGGCGAAACUAUGCGUCGUUCAGCAGCAGAACUUUCAAUGUUAGGAAUGUUUUUAUUAACUGGAAUAAUGUUAUUUUCCACUGCAAUUUAUUUUUUUGAAAGAGAUGAGCCAAAUAGUAAAUUUUAUUCAAUUCCUUCUGCUUGGUGGUGGUGUGUAGCGACGAUGACAACUGUUGGUUAUGGUGAUUUAGUUCCAGUCACAACAGGAGGAAAGGUUGUAGCAGCAGUAGCUUCAGUUUGUGGAAUUAUUGUUUUGGCCUUUCCAAUCUCUAUGAUUAUUGAUAAAUUUGCUGAAUCAACAGGACAUGGAGGAGGGGGAGGAGUGCCACAACAACAACAAGAACAACCAAUUUCUUUUACUUUGGCAGCUGAAGAUUUUAAUAGCAGACAUGCUUCCCCAUUUAAUACUGGAAAAGGGGGAGGAGGUUUUAAUAGAAGAGCAAGUCUUCAAGCUGGAAUUUUUUCUCGAGGUUUUAGUCGAAGACAGAGGAAAUCGAGGAGAUACUUGUUUUGA